AUGAAAGAGAUACAAGCUAAUUGGAAAAAAAAAGAAACUCACAUGAAAAAUAAUAAUGAAAAUUCAAGAUUAAUGAGAGUGUCAUCAAUUGAAAAUGACAAAUGUAUUAAAAAUGAAGCUAUAUAUGUAGAGGAUUUAAAAAAUGUAGAAACAGAAGUAGAUUCCCUUACUUCUAAUCUAGAACAAGUUUUUAAAGUCACAGCAAAAUCUUGCAAUAUAGAAAAAAUACAAUAUAAGACCAAAAAGACAAACCUAGAUACGCAAAUUAAAAAUUUGAAAAAAAAUGAUAAUUAUAAAAAGUUAGAAAAAAUAUUAAGUGAUUUAAUAAGUGAAAAUAACAAAUUCGCAAAAAUAGAAUUUGAAAAAUAUAAAAUAAUAAAUCGUUGUGAAUUGAAAAUUUGUAGUUUUGAAUUUCUAAUUGACCUGGAAAAAAAAAUAAAAAUUAAAGAAGAUCUAACCAAAUUAGAAAAGAUAAUUAAAGAACCCUAA